UUAUAUUUAAGCCGUCCGCGGAUCCGGUGGCCACGGGUACGCAGUCGGAACGUGGUGUCCCCGGCGGCGAGCGAAAAUCAAUAUUUCCGUCGCGUCGCGAGGACCGAGAGAGCGCACAGCGGGCCGGUCGCCAUUUGCCGUGCUAUAUUGCUCGCGCGCUCGACCGCUCGUCCCACGACCCACGACACGGCCACGACGACGGGGCCGCUGCUGCCGCCGUCAUCACCGGUCAGUUGCGCCUCGCGCCGCGUCGCCUCGCCUCGCCUCGCCUCGCUUCGCUUCGCGAUUUUUGUCCACGUAUACGUCCGUCGGUCCGUCGCUAGACACGCGCACCGCGCACAUCGACGAGUGUACUACGAGAAGAGAAGAGACCGAGCCAACGUCAUCCAGUUGAUCCAGUAGCAGCAGCAGCAGCGGCGGCGACGGCGGCGGCAGGAUCCCGUUUCCUGCGCCUACAUCACGCCUACAGCCUCGCCCGGGUAUCUCGAUUUACCGUGCGAGCAUCGUCGUCGGCGAGCCGAUUAUCCGCGCGAUCGUCGCGACUUGUCCUUCGCUCUCCCUCCUUCUCAUCCUUCUUUCUCUCUCCCGUCCCUCAACGCUCCGUCCGUCAACCUGAGGGAGAACCAAGCCAGCCUCGGUGAGAAGGUGAUAUCCCGUUUCGGUGGCGCGGAAGCCGCGUCGCCGACGGCCUCUCUCGCUCGCCAAUAAUUCGCUCUUCCCUCCCUCUCUCCCGCUCGCCCCGCUCGCUCUUUCUCUCUCUCUUUCUCAUCCGCCUCCCUUUCGUUGCCGCGCGCCGAAAACGAUGGCGUUUCUGAGAAGUGUUCCGCGACGAUGCUGCGCCGGCAAGAAGCUGGCCAAGUGCGGGGCGCCGCCGUUGGCCGUGGUCGGCCUCCUGGAGAACGCCGCGGCGGCGGCGACGGCGGCGACAGCGGCAACGGCAGCGGUUACCAGGGCACCGCCGUCGUUGCGGCUGGUUGCACAGGUGCGUGGCUACGCGACCUCCUCCCCCUCCGCCGCCGCCACUGACGUCAAGAAGCAAGGACAGCAGCAACACACGGCGCUGCCACGGCAGAUCGACCCGCUCGAUUUGAAGUUUAACGACCCGAUCGCCUCGUUCAAAAGCAAGACCACCAUGGAGCUGAUGCGGGCCUACGUCGUCUACCAGAUGUGCUCCAUCGAGUACAUCGUGGAGCACAACAUGAAGUUUAUGAAACUGGCCAAGGCAAUGCUGGGUGAAAAGCUGUUCACGAAGCUCAUGAAGGCGACGUUCUACGGUCACUUCGUCGCCGGCGAAGACGAGGUGCAGAUCACACCUGUCUUAAAUAGGCUGCGGCAAUUUGGCGUUAAACCGAUCCUCGAUUAUUCCGUCGAGGAGGACAUCUCGCAGGAAGAGGCCGAGCGGCGCGAGAUCCAAGCCUCGGUGUCGGAGGCGGGCGACGAGAAGAGGGAGGGCCCGCUGAAAAAGUAUCACGUGGAGAAGUCGUUCGCCGAUCGGCGAUACAAGGUGUCGUCGGCCAGGACAUAUUUCUACCUGAACGAAGCGUCAUGCGAGCGAAACAUGGAUAUAUUUAUCAGGUGUCUGGAGGCUGUGGCGAGCGCUUCGAUGGGAAUGGGCAUCACAGCCGUUAAAUUAACGGCGCUUGGUCGGCCGCAGCUUCUGCUGCAAUUGUCAGAGGUAAUUAUGCGCGCACGGCAGUAUACGUCCGACGUUAUCGGCGGCGAGGGUGCCGUUCUGACACAUCACGCGAAGCCUGAUGAUUUCAGGAAAAAGUUUGAGGAGGCACACAUCAAAGACGAGGAAUCGGUGCAAAAGUUCCUUCAAAAAAUUCAAUCGGAUAAAGAAGGUGUGAUUCACCUUUUUCCGUGGAGCGGUAUUCUAGACGAAAAUUACGAACUGAGCGAAACGUUCCAAGUACCUGAUAUUAAGACGGGCAAGAUGGUCAGGCUGAUGUCACAACUCACGUCCAAGGAAGAGGAAAUGUUUAGGAACAUGAUCAGGCGUCUAAACACUAUCGUCACGGUGGCUGACAAUUUGGAUGUUCGUAUCAUGAUAGAUGCAGAGCAGACGUACUUCCAACCGGCCAUUUCUCGCCUGACGUUGGAGAUGAUGCGCAAGUACAAUACAAAAAAGGCUGUGGUAUUCAACACUUACCAGACGUAUCUGCAAGAGGCAUAUAACGAGGUGAAAACGGAUCUCGAACAGGCGGAACGCCAAAAUUUUUAUUUUGGUGCUAAACUCGUUCGCGGCGCGUACAUUGAGCAGGAAAGGGCAAGAGCGGCAGCUAUGGGUUAUCCAGAUCCCACGAAUCCAACAUUUGAGGCGACGACCGAGUCCUAUCAUAAGACGCUCAUGGAGUGCCUGAGGCGGAUGAAACAGUACAAGGAUAAGGGAGAAGAUCCCAAGAAAAUAGGAAUUAUGGUUGCCUCGCACAAUGAAGACACCGUGCGUUUCGCGAUCGAGAAAAUGAAAGAAAUCGGAAUUUCGCCGGAGGAUAAAGUCAUAUGUUUUGGUCAGUUAUUAGGAAUGUGCGACUACAUAACAUUUCCAUUGGGUCAAGCCGGUUACUCCGCGUACAAGUACAUCCCAUACGGACCGGUUAAGGAGGUGUUGCCGUACUUGUCGCGGCGCGCACAAGAGAAUCGGGGCAUACUGACGAAGAUCAAAAAGGAGAAACGCCUAUUAUUGAAUGAAAUCACGAGACGUAUAGUGCGCGGAAAGAUCUUUUACAAACCCAAGGGCAAUUACACUCCGGUUUGAGCAGUCAAUUUAGUUGCACACAGACAGAAUUUUAAGUAUCAAAUUUAAGUAGUGAUUGUAAAUUAUCGAGAACUCUCCUGAAAGUACUUGAUGCGGGCACUUCGGAUUGAAGUAACUUGACAGACCUGUUACUGUGGUACUCGGAAGAAAGAGAGAGAGAGAGAGAGAGCGUCGUGCGCGCUGCGCGCAGGAGUGUGUACGUGAGACUUAAGGGUAUACGCAGUGUUAUCUAUUACGUAAAAAUCGCCUUAGUGUUGUAUUGUCGAAUGUACCGAUGCUCAAAGCUACUGAGUAAAGCUACAGUAUGUAUUCGUUGCUCGUUUCGUUCGUCGUUAUUAAAGAAGAUGCUAGUGAUUGUGCUAUAAUUUAGUUUCACUCACGAGAAGGUGUUUUCACAAAGAUCGAGCAAAGAAAGUUUAAAACCAAUCAACUCUUUCCAUGGUUAAUGCGUAAAUUAUCAAUGGUUUUUUAACGAUAUUUUCUGUGCACAGUAUUAAGGAUCGACCGGAUCGAUCAACGGCUUUUUUUGCUAUAAACGCAACGACGAUGACGAUUGGUAAUCUUGCAUCGGUGUUUUUAGCACAUUUGCGUUCUUUUCAAGUUUUACAAGUUUCUUUAAGAAUCUCGUCGAAUAUUUUCCAUGUGUACAUAAUACACGCGCGCAUAUAUUAUUUAUGAUUCGUGUUCACCUAAAUGUCUUAUCGUCCAUAGUAUCGGUAACAUUAAAAAGGAAGGGGCGGGAAUAGGAAGAAACAAAGGACAUUGCGCAUAAAUCAAGAUGUAAUUGUACGAUUUGCUACCAUCUCAACGAUUAUCGCUCACGUGAACGUAGAACUGUUUAGAGCAUUCGCGAUGCAUAUAUAGCAAUCUUAUCAAGAAGAUUGAUAGUAACUGCAUCGCGUGCGCUUCCAUUAAGCGUAAAACGUCGCUGAUGAGCGUUUUAAUAUGUGGAGAAAUGACCAUGUUUGGAUAAAUGAGAAGAGAUUAAUAACACGCGUAUUACGAAAAGAUAGUUUUUAGGAGUGCGGUGAGAUAACAGGGUGAAAGUAUAAUAAAAUUCAGGGGUAUCUUAGCGAGAGACGUGCUUUAGCACGAAGCAGGAAAGAGGAAGAGAGAAAGGGAGACAGAGUCGUUCUUCGUAGUGCACGCGUCUCGAGUCACGUGAAUACAAAAGUGAUUUUGGGCUGGCUAACGAAAGUCGGAGAGAUCUGCGAGAAACGCGAUAUUUCUUUUGUGAUACGUUAAUAGCCGUAGUUAAGCCACACAAUACACGAGAUAUUAGUCCCACUUCGCUUCAGCCUAAAAUUGCUUCUCGAGUUACAAGAUAAUUCGUAAGAAAAGCGUACGCGGCGCCGUUGGAGGACACCGCAAAUAUUGUUGGUAAUAAAAAAAAAGAGAUGUGCGUUCCGUGCACUCAUCCUCAUUGUUUCUUUCCAAGGAAGAAGACAAAGGACUGUUUUAAAAACAAUAAAUUCAUGCCGUUAUUCGAAUAAGAGUUUUAAGUAUUAACGAAUCCUUUUCUCAUCCGUCGUGAGAAAAAUUACAUCUCGAAGGAAGAAAUUUAUCGGAGAUUAGGCUAUGAUCUGAUUAAUGAAAGAGAGAAUUGCGUCCAGUCUGAUGCGUUUCGUAUAAUUUAGCGUUACUCGUCGAUAUCGAUGCGGGACGGUAAUUCGCGACUUCGAAAAUCACGAUCAUGCAAUCAACGAUCAGCAAGUUACGAUAUAAUUUAGCCUGUAAGAUUGUACAAGCGUUUCCGAGGAGGUUGCGUAGCGCAUUCUGAUAUUCUUAGGCCAGUAUUUCCUUUAUACUCGCGAUAGACGACUCAAUGAUGUACUUCUCCAAUUGGUACUAUUACUAUCCUUAUUUUCUUUUUUUUUCUACCUUGCAGAUUGUCAUGAUUAUACUCAAUCAUUUCGUUUCUCUGGACGAUCUAUACGCGAGUGCAGUCAUUUGUGAUCUCCUCUCUUUUUGCUGUAUACGUUAUGCGAAAGCGUUUACGUUCAGAAUAUGUGUGUAUGUAGCCUACAUUUAUACACGACUGUAAUAAUCCAAACGAGAUACGUUUGCGUAGGGUAUUUACUCGCUUCAUAGAGACGCACUGCGUGCGCGACAUUGAUCGAUUCGCGAGAGGAAAGAAAAGGAAGGAAGAAUUAUAUCGAGUCUAGAGCAAGUCUAAAACUUUCGCUGUGAAUCAUGUGUGUAAAUGCUGGGAGAAAGAGAAAAGGAAAAUGAGAAACAUGAUCGAUGAAGAAAUAAAUAAAGGGGCAUUGUUACAAGUUA